ACAAAUGACUCGACCUUUGCUCGCGGUAGUUUCGAAAAAUUAUUUUUGGACCCUGAGUGUAGCCCAUGGAUCUAAGAAAUCACUUCAUCGACAAAGAAGCAGAGAUUCUGUAGUUUAUGAUGUCCAUUCAAGGGAAUCCUUGAAGUCAAAGCAAGUUUACGUUUUUGGUUUCUCAGCAACUGGAGCUCUCGGUAAUGAGAAAUAUCUUGGUCUUCAUGGUAAACCUGGUGUUGGAGGUGUAUCACGGCCUAUGCCUUUGGAAUAUUCGUCGUCUCUAGGUGUUCCGUUAAAAGCUGCUUGUGGAUAUGGCUUCACAACAUAUAUAUGUGGAGGCAGUCAUGGGGAUUUUGGCGUCUACGGCUGUGGGAUCAACAGUGAUGGCCAAUUAGGAUCACAGUCAGUUGGAUUAAAAACCAAACUUCCUACAGGCAACUCAGUAAAUGUUGUUCCUGAACUUGUGAGAAUUGCUAUCUGUCUUGAUAAUACGCAAAAACAAAUAUAUCGUCCUUCUCAUGUGGCAUGUGGUCGAGCACAUACUAUUAUAUCCUAUGAAAAUUUGAAAGAUUCGAAUAGUGAUACACCUCCUCUUGUUUUCAGCCUGGGUAACAAUGUUUUUGGGCAGUGUGGAAGAGAAAUAAUUCCUGGCGAAAAGUACGACCGUGAUGUGGAAGUUAUAACAAAAAUAGUCUUGCCACCAGAAAUAAAAUCUAUCAAACAAUUAGUUUGCGGUCAAGACCAUACCUUGUUACUCAGCUCAGACGGUGUUGUUUAUUCCUGUGGACUUGGAUCAGAUGGUCAGACUGGUUUAGGUCAUUAUAAUGUGGUUGAUCGAUUUACUGCUGUAAAAGGUUCAUUGGUGAAUGAACGUGUUUGUUUGCUAUCGUCUCGCGGUGAUACUGUUCUUGCUCUUACUGAAUCAAAUAAAUUAUUUGCUUGGGGUAAUAAUGAAUACGGUCAAAUAUGGCCAUUAGAUCAAGAUGUACAAGUUUCAGAACCUGUUCACUUAAAUUUAGAUCAUUGUAUUGUACCAGUGGAAUCUAAUUUAUCAUCAGAUAAUGUUCAUGUAGGUGAAAUACAAUCAAUUGCUUGUGCCGGUUCUAUGUGUUGUAUUGUUAAUAAAAUUGGACAGGUAUUCGUUUGGGGCUUUGGAUGUAUUGGAUUAGGUCCAAAGGUUACUUGUUCACCUCGUCCAACAUUGAUUCCACCUGGUUUAUUUAUACCAGCUAUCGUAAAUAGUGAAUCUUGUAUCAAUUAUGUUGCUGCUGGUCUACAUCAUUUUAUUGUCCAAAGUAAUGAUGGUUUAUUAUGGGCCUGGGGUGCUCCACGUGGUGGUUUAUAUUGUCUAGGCUUAGGUAAACAAAUUACAAGUAAUUCUGUUAAUCAAACCUACCCAGUUCCAUUACUUCUUCCAAUUAAAUCUAAAGAUGUAGUAUGUGGUGUUGAUCAUACUGUUGUGAUUGGCAAAUCAUUUGGUUAAUAUUUGCUCAUUGUUCAUAUAUUAUUUAUUGUAAAUAUGUAUACAUCUCCUCACGGAACUAGUACUUUAACAAAAAAUGUUUAUAUAUAUACGAUUGUACAGCUUGAUAAUAUAUAUAUAUAUAUAUAUAUAUAUAUAUAUAUAUAUAUGCUGUAAUUCUACCCUUCUGUAUUACAUAACUAUUAUUCAAGAAUUGUAUGUCUGAUAGUUCAGUCUGUAUUGUAUUAUUCGCAUUACAAUUUUGUAUAAUAAAAAUACAUUGGCAAAAUAUGUUUUACUUAUGUUCUGUUUUGUAGUUAGCUUGAUUUGUUUUAUUAACUUAAUUUACUUAUCAUUUAUUGAUGCUCUUAUUCUCCAUAUUGAAUUUAAAUCCAGUAGAUUCAUGUAACAAUACUCUUAAUAAUUAGUUACACAAAAUGUAUCUAUUAGAUCUGUCAACUAAGAAUUGGAAUUAUAAUAAUGUCUCUUGAUUACUGCACCAACAAAUUUACGAAGUAGAUGGACUACUAGGAUUUGAGUUUCUGACCUUGUUGUUGAAAAUCAAGUACUCAUUAAGCUAUCGGUUCGCAUUUCUGAGAGAAUGACUGCUAUCUUUACAAAAGGAGAAAAGUAGGAAAUUGAGCAAUAUGACAUUCCGUAUGAUUGGGUUUAUUUUUAUAGAAUAUUUAGUUUCCAGAAGUUAGACUAAAAAGUAAGAUACGUUUACUUAGUUAAAGUAUAUUGUUUGUUAUGUUGUUUAUCCAUUGCAACUGUUCAUUAACAAAUCAAUAUAACUAACUUCCAAAGAAAAUUGGCCACCUAUUUAUCCAGUCAUUUCUUAUAAUUCAGAUUUAUCUUCAAUUAUUUUUAUGUUGAACAUUACAAUUAUCCCUCUAUUUUGAUGCUAAAUAUACCUCGACUAUCAAAAUUUACU